UAGCCUCCAGACGGCCCCAGGCAGCUAAGAUGGCCCCAAGACGGCCUUUGGGGUCCCUCCGUAGCCAUUUUGGCUGAAGCCGCUCCCCGCCAUGAUUCAGUACGAGAAAAGGCUAUCGCGCGACCUUCUGCUGGGCUUGAAGGGCAGUGUCGGACCUUUCGCAUGUCUGUUCGCGCUGCCCUCGGCCACCUUCGCGGUGGUGUUGAAAACGUGGUUCGACUCUACGGACCUGGACGCCACGAAAAAGAUUGGCUUCACUGCCACGCCGUACACCAGCUUCACUGCCAUGCUUGCAUUCUUGAUCAUCUUUCGCACCCAACAGGCAUACUCGCGAUUCUGCACAGGGGGGGCACUUGUGCGAUCGAUGACUUGCUUAUGGUGCGACGCUGCCUGCAGCUUCGUCACCUUCACACGUACAUCCAAGAUUGAUAGCAAUGAGGUCGGCAGAUUUCGAGAGUUGGUGGUACGACUGUUCAGUCUCAUGAACGCCCUUGCCUUGGCGAAGUUAUCGGACACCGACGGCGAUGAUGGGACGGCCUUUUUAAUGAAGUUGAAGGUUAUUGACCCUGGUUCGCUGGAGCCGUCAGUGAUCCGCACUGUGAACGACACGGAGCUGAAAGUCGAGGCAGUGUAUAACAUGCUCAUGGCAUUGCUUGCGGAGGCGGAUCAGGCCGGCCUCAUGAGAGUUGCACCGCCGGUCUUCGCGCGAGCCUUAAACGAAAUGCAUGUUGGUUGUCUAAAGUAUGAUGAUGCCCACAAUCUUCGGUUUUUGUUAUUCCCAUUCCCGUACGCGCAGGUCACUGUGUGGAUGAUGUUUAUCCACAUGAUGGCGACACCGUUCAUGGCAGCAAACGUGUGUCUCGGGCGCAUACAGGCGUUCUGUAUCUGUUUCCUGCUCACGUUCGUGUUCUGGGCCUUGCAUGAAGUGUCCGUAGAGCUUGAGAAUCCAUUUGGCAAUGAUGCAAAUGACCUGGACAUGCAGGGAUAUCAGGACUUCUGUAACAAGCGGCUGCUACUGCUGCUGCAUCAAACAAAUGACAAGGCUCCCGAUCUCAGGACGGAUGUCGCGCUGUCAGAGCUCACAAUCAGAACAGUUCGUGGAGAGACGUUGCCCCUGCUUGAUGCCGGUGUGACUUCCUCAGUGCACAGCAUGGCGUUUCCACUGAGAUCCGAUGUCCACGAGGUCUCGGAUGACAGCUCCAGCGAUUUGGACGAUGUGCGGCAUGCACAUGCUGCUGGCUUCCGCUAAAAGCACCAGUGAAUGGACAAGCCCAGGCCCUCCGAGUGCGGAGGAGGCCGGAAGCUAUGCCCCUCCUUUUUGUCCCUGCCGUUCUAAGACAUCAUUUUGUUUCUGUUCCACUUUGUUUUGGCCUGAACCACCAGAAAGAAUUUCGGGCACAAAGCAAGAACCGAACCUCGAGGGUUUUCACGCGUCGGGCUUGGAGACACUCGUUCGACACCGUUUCGACACUGUUUCGACACUGUUUCGACACUGUUUCGACACUUUUCCCGGUGCUCGAAGUUAGCUCUGGGAUGUGGUCCUUCAGUACGGCGGGAGCAAGAUAAACCUCAUCUGCCAUGAGGACUCACCUCCCUCUUCCUCUCUCCUCCUCCGCGUUCGCCGCUGGCGUUUCAAUUCAGAGCGGGGGCCGUGCGCUGAUCAGAACGGCAUCGAUCGUGCAGGCCUGACUGCCAGUUACUGGCACCCGCCAGGCGGGAAUCGCUGUCUUCUAUGUGUGGAACGUCGUGUUGCCUUCCUAUGGGAUGGUACAGUUUGAGUCAUGGUCUUGCUUGGAAUCGGGGUCUCCUUUUGAAUCACACACGAGUGCCAGCCACAGCGUGUGGGUGAGAGCGACCCUUUCGCAUGCCACUUCUCUCUCUCUCUCUCUCUUUUUCUGUCGUUCGUUAUGUUUUUUCUCACUCUCUCUCUCUCUAUCUCUCUUUGUCUCCUUUCGCCUCCUGCAUUGUUAUGUUACGCUGUUAUCGGGGACGUGCACUUGCAUACAAGUCUGUGUGAGUGCCGUAGGCAAGAUUCAGUAAGCGUACACACGCGCGGUUUAGUGUCUCACUCACCUCUAUUUCUCCUUCCCUUCAUCCAUUCGCCUUUUCGCCUCCUUAUUUCGCUCAGUUUUCAAUAUGUUUUGCGAGCAUGCCAUGUUAUCCCACUCCUUCCUGCCAGUCGUGCGCGCAGAGGGUAGGGGAGAG